ACCUAAAGCCCUGCAUUCUUUCCACCCUCAUAUUUCACUUCUCUUUUCUCACAAACUGUAGGGUUUUUUUUUUUUAACUCAUCUGCUUUUACCUCUAAUCUUGUACUACCAAAUUUGCUCUUUGCAUUUUCAGCUUUCUUGUUUUAUUUUUCUUUUUAAUUCCAUUUUUUCUUUUCGCCUCUUCUUCUGCUCGCUUGGAUGUGGUGAAGUUAGGGCGAAAUCCCUAGCUUUUCGCUCUUGAUUAUGGUGGGGACGGACAUUGUGCUUAAAGGCUGUGGCUUUUCCAGCUGAAAUCUUGAGGGAAAUGACUCAAUUUUUCUGGAAUAGUUGAGAUAAAAGGGGGGUUCAAAAUGGAGGAGGAGCAUGAGUUGAUCCUGGCAUGCAUAAUUUCGGGGUCCCUUUUCUCUGUUCUUGGGGCUGCUUCCUUUUCUAUACUCUGGUUGGUCAAUUGGCGGCCGUGGCGUAUCUAUAGUUGGAUAUUUGCUAGAAAAUGGCCGAAUUUCCUCCAUGGGCCUCAGCUAGGAAUAUUGUGCAGCCUUCUAUCCCUGGGUUCAUGGAUAGUUGUUAUUUCGCCAGUGGUGGUGCUUACUGUUUGGGGAUGUUGGUUGAUUGUGAUACUGGGGAGAGAUAUAAUUGGCUUAGCUGUUGUAAUGGCUGGAGUUGCUCUACUUUUGGCAUUUUAUUCCGUAAUGCUCUGGUGGAGAACACAAUGGCAAAGCUCAAGGGCUGUUGCAAUUCUUCUUCUUCUGGCUGUUGGCUUGCUUUGUGCUUAUGAACUUUGUGCUGUAUAUGUUACUGCGGGUGCAAAGGCAUCCGAUCGGUAUUCUCCUUCUGGUUUUUUCUUUGGUGUCUCUGCAAUUGCCCUAGCAAUCAACAUGCUUUUUAUUUGUCGGAUGGUUUUCAAUGGCAAUGGUCUAGACAUAGAUGAAUAUGUGAGAAGGGCAUACAAAUUUGCUUACUCAGACUGUAUUGAAGUGGGGCCCGUUGCUUGCUUACCUGAACCGCCAGAUCCCAAUGAAUUAUACCCUCGUCAGUCAAGAAGGGCAUUACACCUUGGGCUUCUCUAUUUUGGUUCCCUUGUGGUUCUGCUUGUAUAUUCCAUCUUAUAUGGUUUGACAGCUAAGGAAUCUCACUGGCUUGGAGCAAUUACUUCUGCUGCAGUUAUUAUUCUUGAUUGGAAUCUUGGCACAUGCCUCUAUGGAUUUAAGCUUCUUAAGAGCCGUGUUGCUGCACUUUUUGUUGCUGGGGCUUCUCGCGUCUUCCUAAUAUGUUUUGGAGUCCAUUACUGGUAUCUAGGACACUGUAUCAGCUAUGCAGUUGUGGCCUCUGUGCUUCUUGGAGCUGCUGUGUCUCGUCAUUUGUGCAUUACGAACCCAUCUGCUGCUAGAAGGGAUGCUUUGGAGAGUACAGUUAUUCGUCUCCGAGAAGGAUUUCGUAAGAAAGAGCAGAACUGCUCCUCCAGCUCAUCUGAAGGUUGUGGUUCAAGUGUAAAACGCAGUAGUAGUGCUGAUGCUGGUCACCUUGGUAAUGGUACAGUACCUAACACUGGGGAUCUUACUAGCUGGAAUCAUGUCGAAGGUAUCCAUAGUGAGAAGGGCAUUGAUAGUGGAAGGCAUAGUUUUGCAUUACGUAGUACUUCUUGUCGCUCAGUCGUUCAAGAAACUGAAGUUGGGCCUUCUUAUGUUGACAAAAGUUUUGACCAUAACGGGUCUCUGGUGGCUUGUUCUAGUAGUGGCAUGGAUAGUCAGGGAUGUGACUCAAGUGCAUCUAAUUCUGUGAGUCAGGUGUUGGACUUGAAUUUGGCACUGGCUUUCCAGGAGAAGUUGAAUGAUCCGAGGAUUACAUCCCUCUUGAAAAGAAGAGGAGGACAGGGUGAGCUUGAACUGACAAAUUUACUGCAAGAUAAGGGACUUGAUCCUAAUUUUGCUGUGAUGCUGAAGGAAAAUGGAUUGGAUCCUAUGAUCCUUGCAUUGCUGCAAAGAAGUAGCUUGGAUGCAGAUAGGGAUCACCGUGACAAUACUAACACAGCUAUGAUGGACUCUAACAGUAUUGACAAUAUGCCAUCUAAUGAAAUUUCAUUCUCGGAAGAGCUUAGAUUACGUGGUCUGGAGAAAUGGCUACAACUAUGUAGACUAUUCUUGCACUAUACAACUGGCACACCAGAGCGGUCGUGGCUUUUGUUUAGUUUUGUCUUUAGUAUAGAGACCAUUGUUGUGGCCAUUUACCGCCCAAACACUAUCAAUCUGAUAAACUCUACACACCAACAGUUUGAAUUUGGUAUAGCUGUGCUACUAUUGUCUCCUGUUGUCUGGUCAAUCAUGGCCUUCCUUAGGUCACUUCAAUCUGAAGAAUUGUCUAUGACAUCCAAACCUAGAAAGUAUGGCUUUGGUGCUUGGUUAGUGAGCACUUCUGUUGGAUUAUUGCUUUCCUUUUUGAGCAAGUCAUCUGUUCUACUGGGGUUGUCUUUAACAGUACCCUUGAUGGUGGCAUGUCUAUCGGUUGGUGUUCCAAUAUGGAUUCAGAAUGGUUACAAGUUUCGAAUUUCUGGUGGCACUGAUGCAGGUCAUACUGGGAAUCAUGUCAUUACUAGGAGAAAAGAGGGUGUUAUUCUUUUUAUUUGCAUGGCCUUAUUUGCUGGAUCUUUAUUAGCACUUGGUGGGAUUAUAUCUGCGAAGCCCUUGGAUGACUUACGCUACAAGAGCUGGACUGGGGAUCCAAAAAGUGUUUCGUCUCCCUAUGCAUCAUCCUUGUAUAUUGGCUGGGCCAUGGCCUCUGCAAUCGCAUUGAUAGUAACUGGCGUCCUGCCAAUUGUAUCAUGGUUUGCAACCUAUCGAUUUUCUCUCUCCUCUGCUGUAUGUAUUGGGCUGUUUGCAGCUGUCCUAAUGUCAUUUUGUGGGGUAUCAUAUAUGACGAUCGUCACUUCGAGGGUAGACCAGAUUCCGACAAAGGCUGACUUUCUUGCUGCUUUGCUUCCAUUGAUUUGCAUUCCUGCUGUCUUGUCACUGUCCUCUGGUCUUCUCAAAUGGAAAGAUGACGGCUGGAAGCUUUCUCGUGGGGCUUAUAUAUUCAUAAUUAUUGGCUUAGUUCUGUUGUUUGGUGCAAUUUCAGCAGUUACAGUUAUAAUUGAACCAUGGACGAUUGGUGCAGCAUUCCUUUUAGUGGUUCUUCUUUUGGUCCUUGCAAUUGGCGUGAUUCACUACUGGGCUUCAAAUAAUUUUUACUUGACGCGGUUUCAGAUGUUAUUUGUUUGUUUCCUUGCAUUUCUUUUGGCUUUGGCUGCUUUUUUUGUUGGUUGGUUCCAAGAAAAAGCUUUCGUUGGUGCAUCUGUUGGUUACUUCUCAUUUCUGUUCUUGCUGGCUGGAAGGGCACUGACUGUACUUCUUUCCCCUCCCAUAGUGGUUUAUUCUCCUAGGGUAUUGCCUGUAUAUGUUUAUGAUGCUCAUGCAGAUUGUGGAAAAAAUGUCAGUGCUGCGUUUCUCUUGCUUUAUGGGAUAGCACUUGCAAUUGAAGGCUGGGGUGUUGUUGCCAGUUUGAAAAUUUAUCCGCCUUUUGCUGGUGCUGCUGUGUCAGCUAUUACACUUGUUGUCGCCUUUGGAUUUGCCGUCUCACGUUCUUGCUUAACUCUUGAGAUGAUGGAAGAUGCUGUUCACUUUCUGAGCAAGGAGACCGUGGUACAGGCAACUGCUAGAUCAGCAACAAAGACAAGAAAUGCUUUGUCUGGAACAUACUCCGCUCCUCAGAGGUCUGCCAAUUCAGCUGCGCUUUUGGUUGGAGAUCCUAGCAGUGCAAGGGAUAGGGCUGGGAACUUUGUGCUUCCCAGAGCCGACGUGAUGAAGUUAAGAGAUCGUUUGAGAAAUGAAGAGCUGACUGCAGGGUCAUUCCUCUCCAGAUUGAAAUGUUGGAGGAUAUUGCAGAAUGAUGUUACCAGUGAUGUAGGUCAUCGGAGAGAGAUGUGUGCUCAUGCCAGAAUUCUUGCUCUUGAAGAAGCUAUUGAUACAGAAUGGGUUUACAUGUGGGAUAAGUUUGGUGGGUAUUUACUCCUUUUGCUUGGUUUGACUGCCAAGGCUGAGAGGGUGCAGGAUGAAGUUCGCCUGAGACUAUUCCUAGAUAGCAUUGGUUUUUCAGAUCUGAGUGCAAGAAAGAUUAAGAAAUGGAUGCCUGAGGACCGUAGACAAUUUGAAAUUAUACAGGAGAGUUAUAUAAGAGAAAAGGAGAUGGAAGAGGAAGCUCUGAUGCAGAGACGUGAGGAGGAAGGAAGGGGCAAAGAAAGGAGAAAAGCCCUUUUGGAGAAGGAAGAGCGCAAGUGGAAGGAGAUAGAGGCUUCUCUCAUAUCAUCUAUUCCUAAUGCUGGCAGUAGAGAGGCAGCAGCUAUGGCAGCUGCUGUUCGUGCUGUAGGAGGUGAUUCAGUACUUGACAACACAUUUGCACGCGAAAGAGUGGCAAGCAUUGCCCAUAGAAUACGUGCAACUCAGUUAUCUCAACGUGCACAGCAGACUGGACUUGAUGGUGCUAUUUGUGUCCUGGAUGAUGAACCGACGACAACUGGCAGGCACUGUGGCCAGAUUGAUCCUAGUUUAUGUCAGACCCAAAGAGUCAGCUUCUCCACAGCUGUGAUGAUCCAGCCUGAUUCUGGGCCAGUAUGUCUUUUGGGCACUGAAUUCCAACGAAGAGUUUGUUGGGAAAUUCUUGUAGCUGGUUCUGAACAAGGCAUUGAGGCUGGACAAGUUGGGCUUCGGUUAAUUACAAAAGGGGAUAGACAGACUACUGUUGCAAAAGAGUGGAGUAUAAGUUCAUCUUGCAUUGCAGAUGGGAGGUGGCAUAUUAUCACAAUGACUAUAGAUGCUGAUAUAGGCGAAGCCACUUGCUUUAUUGAUGGUGGCUACGAUGGCUAUCAGACUGGACUUCCACUUAAUAUUGGAAAUGGCAUAUGGGAGCAGGGAACAGAUGUUUGGAUUGGUGUUAGGCCACCAACCGAUAUGGAUGCAUUUGGGAGGUCAGAUAGUGAAGGCUCUGAAUCCAAGAUGCAUGUAAUGGAUGUUUUCCUCUGGGGAAGGUGCUUAAGUGAAGAUGAGAUCACUGCCCUUCCAGCCGCUGUUGGCAUCGGAGAUUACAACUUGAUUGAUCAUCCUGAUGACAACUGGCAGUGGGCUGAUUCUCCUCCAAGGGUUGAGGACUGGGAGAGUGAUCCUGCUGAGGUUGAUCUCUAUGACAGAGACGAAGUGGAUUGGGAUGGACAAUAUUCAAGUGGGAGGAAGAGGAGAUCCGACAGGGAGGGGGUCAUUGUGGAUGUUGAUUCAUUUACCAGAAGGUUGAGGAAGCCAAGGAUGGAGACUCAGGAUGAAAUCAAUCAACGUAUGCGCUCAGUAGAACUGGCUGUUAAAGAAGCCCUCUUGGCAAGAGGGGAAGUGAAUUUCACUGAUCAGGAGUUCCCUCCAAGUGACCGUUCGCUGUUUCUAGAUCCUGACAACCCUCCAUCCAAGCUACAGGUGGUUUCUGAAUGGAUGAGACCUAAAGAAAUAGUCAAAGAGAAACAUCUGGAUUGUGCUCCGUGCUUAUUUUCAGGAACAGCGAAUCCUUCAGACGUUUGUCAGGGACGGUUGGGUGAUUGUUGGUUUCUGAGUGCGGUUGCUGUGCUGACUGAAGUUUCUCGAAUAUCAGAAGUCAUUAUCACUCCAGACUUUAACGAUGAAGGAAUUUAUACAGUUCGCUUCUGUAUUCAGGGGGAAUGGGUUCCCGUUGUUGUCGAUGAUUGGAUCCCAUGUGAAUCACCUGGCAAGCCUGCAUUUGCAACCAGCCGGAAGGGGAACGAAUUAUGGGUCUCUAUACUUGAAAAGGCAUACGCUAAGCUUCACGGUUCAUACGAAGCAUUGGAAGGCGGGCUUGUCCAAGAUGCUCUAGUGGACCUUACAGGAGGUGCUGGCGAGGAGAUUGACAUGAGAAGUUCUCAAUCUCAGAUUGAUCUUGCAAGUGGCAGACUAUGGUCUCAACUAUUACGUUUUAAACUGGAGGGGUUUUUACUCGGUGCUGGUAGUCCUUCAGGUUCAGACGUGCAUGUUUCGUCCUCUGGGAUCGUGCAGGGGCAUGCUUACUCUAUAUUGCAGGUACGUGAAGUAGACAGCCAUAAACUUGUCCAGAUACGAAAUCCUUGGGCAAACGAGGUUGAGUGGAAUGGCCCUUGGUCCGAUUCCUCGCCUGAAUGGACAGAUAGGAUGAAGCACAAGCUCAAGCAUACUCCACAGGCGAAGGAUGGCAUAUUUUGGAUGUCGUGGCAAGAUUUCCAGAUCCAUUUCCGAUCAAUAUACGUGUGUCGUGUGUACCCACCAGAAAUGCGUUACUCUGUCCACAGCCAGUGGCGUGGUUAUAGUGCCGGUGGAUGCCAAGACUACGAAACUUGGCAUCAAAACCCGCAGUUCAGAUUGAGAGCCACUGGUGCCGAUGCAUCUUUACCAAUUCACGUGUUUAUAACUCUAACUCAGGGGGUGAGCUUCUCAAGGACAACAGCCGGCUUCAGGAAUUACCAAUCAAGCCAUGAUUCAAUGAUGUUCUACAUCGGGAUGAGGAUUCUAAAGACCCGUGGCCAUCGUGCUGCGUACAAUAUCUACAUGCACGAAUCGGUUGGUGGGACCGAUUACGUAAAUUCCCGGGAAAUAUCAUGUGAGAUGGUCCUGGAUCCUGACCCCAAGGGAUACACCAUAGUUCCGACAACAAUCCACCCGGGAGAAGAGGCGCCCUUCGUGCUUUCAGUGUUCACCAAAUCAUCCAUAACUCUCGAAGCCUUAUAACAGUGAGGGCAAGCUGGCGUGGGAAGCAGACAAGCUUGCACGGAACGCGCCUGCAAUGAUGACUGCAAUCAUGAAGUUGAUGGAGGGCUCGAGUGCAAGUGAACAGGUGAGCACAAGCAUGGAGUGGAAGAAAUGGGGUGAAAAGGUUGUACAUGAGUUUAGGUGAUACAAGAAAUUUGUAAAUGAGAGGGUUGAUAGGGAUAGGAUUAAUAGGAAUAGGUUUAGGUAGAGAAGAAGAAGAAGAAGAAAUACUAGAAGAGAUUAGCAAGGUUGCUGUAGCAUAUUUGAAGCUCCAGCUCCAAUUUUGUUGCUCAGCACUCAAAUGUAUAAAUAUUUGCCUCAUUAUCUCAUCUUAAUUUCCCACUGCA